AUGUCGGCUCCUCCUGCUACCCUAGAAUCGCUUGCCACGCGCACUGCCUCAAUCCAAGACGCCAUUGCCCGCGUCGGCACCGCUGCCGAGUCGUAUGCCGAGAUCUCUCGCAAGAGUCUUGGCGGCGAUUCCUCCGUUGCCGAGACUACUGCAGCCCAGAAUGCUCUUGUUUUGGAGGCCAAGAAGCUGCUGAUCCAAGCCCAAGGCCCACUCGGCAGCCUGUUUGAUCUAAUACAAAGCACCUGCCAGACCGCUGCCAUUAGCGCACUACUGGAGGUUGGCGUCUUCAAUGCCCUUCCUGUGGACGGUACGCCCAUGACCGCGGAUGAACUGGUGCAAAAAUUACAAGUGCCUGUGGAAAAGGCACUUUUGGUCCGCCUCCUACGCAACGUAACCGUCACGGGGCCCUUGGUUGAGGUCGAUGAGGAGACGUACGCCCAAACGCCUUUCUCUACCCUCCUCACAAACCCCGAUUUAGCUGCUACUUAUAAGCACAUCAUGGACGAGGGUUGGCCGUCAAUCGCCUUCAUGACUCCGUACUUCCGCGCCAACGGCUGGAAGCAGCCCAUUGACACGACUAAUAACCCGUAUACUUUCGCUCACCGGACCGGCGGUAAAGAGAUGUGGGCGCACAUAGCCCAGUUCCCAGAUCGCCAGGCCAACUCGAACCGAGCCAUGAAGGCACGGUCGUUCGAUGGCGUCUGGUCCAUUGGCCUGUAUCCGUUCGCCGAGAGACUAGCCGAAUUAUCGUCGCCCUCCGACAACGACGACACCCCGCUCGUCGUGGAUGUCGGCGGCGGUGCGGGCCACACGUCGAAGACAAUCAGAGAGCUUUGCGCUGGUGUCAAGGGUCGCAUCGUGCUGCAGGACCGCGCCGAGGUGGUCGAGGAUGCGCCGAAGAUUGAGGGUGUGGUAAGCAUGCCGCACGACUUCUUCGAGCCGCAGCCAGUCAAAGGCGCGCGCAUAUACUACCUCCGCCGCAUCUUGCACGACUGGGCCGACCCUUCCUGCGUCGCCAUCCUGCGACACCUGGCCGCGGCAAUCACAGAUCCAGAGUCGUCGCGCAUCGUUAUUGCGGAGCAGAUUCUGCCGACCAAGGGCGUCCCUGCCGAAAGCGCUAUGAUCGACAUGCUCAUGAUGACCUUCACCGGCUGCGAACGCACCGAAAAGCAGUGGGAGGAGUUGCUGGCACAGGCAGGGUUGAAGCUCGAGCAGUUCCACAAGAACCCUGGCACGCUGUUCGGGGCGAUUGAGGCGAGAUUGGCGGUGUAG